ACAGAUGUACCUAGUCUUAUUCAGGCUUUAUUAUGGCAUUUGCAUUACAAGAGUAAUUUAAAUAGUGAGGGGUUGGAUUCAGCUAACAGAGACUCAGUUUGGAUCUAUCUGUGGAACUUCUAUUAGCUGUCCUGUGUUUGUCAGACCAUGGGGAAAAGCUGCCAAAUCAGCAAGUUGUGCAUUCUGUCCGUGGUCUUAGCCCUGGUCUCUGUGGCAACCAUUGUCACAUUGUGGACUAUUGCCCUGACAGGAGGUGAUGAUGUCACAGCUCCUUGGGACAGAUAUCGUCUCCCCACUGAUUUGGCUCCUGACCACUACAACAUCACUCUGUGGCCUCGUUUCAGCCCUGAACCAAACACUGGCCUCUACAUUUUUACAGGCCAAGCCACUCUGAAGUUUGACUGUGUGAAAGAAACUGAUCUGAUCCUGAUUCACUCCAACAAACUUAAUUACACUAAACUGGACGGUGCACACAUUGCCAGGCUCAGUGCUUCAGGUGGUGGUUCUGCUCCCACCAUUAAGUCCUCCUGGCUGCAGCUUAAGACCCAGUAUCUGGUUAUCCAGCUGGAUAGUAAAUUAAUUCAAGGACAGAACUAUCAGCUGUACACUGAGUUCACUGGAGAACUAGCUGAUGAUUUAGCUGGCUUUUACCGCAGUGAAUAUGAAGAGGAUGGAGUCCGGAAGAUUGUUGCCACCUCUCAGAUGCAUCCAACCCAUGCCAGAAAGACCUUCCCGUGUUUUGAUGAGCCAGCUAUGAAAGCUGUUUUCUAUAUAACUGUCAUCCACCCACCUGGAACUGUAGCCCUGUCCAAUGGCAUGGAAACAGAGAUCAUUAACACAACUAUUGGUGGAGUGGCUGUGACCCAGACCAAGUUUGAGCCCACCAAGAAAAUGUCUACGUAUUUACUGGCCAUUAUUGUUUCUGACUACGCACACAUCAGUGCCACACAAGAAGACACUCUGAUCCGUAUUUGGGCUCGAAGGAAAGCCAUUGACGAGGGACAAGGAAAUUAUGCCCUCAGUGUGACUGGACCCAUACUGGCCUUCUUCGAAAUAUACUAUAACCUCUCCUACCCUCUGAGCAAGUCAGAUCAAAUUGCUCUGCCAGACUUCUAUUUUGGUGCAAUGGAGAAUUGGGGUUUGGUGACAUACAGAGAAACCAACCUUCUCUAUGACCCUUUGACCUCCUCCAACAGAAAUAAAGAGACCACAGUCACCAUCAUUGCACAUGAACUAGCACACAUGUGGUUUGGAAACCUGGUCACUCUACACUGGUGGAAUGAGGUCUGGCUCAAUGAGGGAUUUGCUUCAUAUGUGUCUUACCUUGGAGCAGACUACGCUCAGCCUACAUGGCACGUGAAAGACUUGAUAGUACUUGAUGACAUCCAUCGUGUGUUUGCCGUCGAUGCCUUGACUUCCUCUCACCCUUUGACCUCUAAAGAAGACAGUAUCAUCCUGCCAGAGCAGAUCAGUGAGCAGUUUGAUGUCAUCUCAUACAGCAAGGGUGCAGCAGUGUUGAGAAUGCUGUCUGAUUUCCUCUCAGAGCCCGUCUUUGUCCAGGGACUCACUAGCUACCUUAAUCACUUUGCCUACAGUAACACAGUAGGAAAUGACUUGUGGCAACAUCUCCAAAUGGCGGUGAAAGCCAAUAAUGUUUCACUUCUUCGUCCAGUUCAUGAAAUUAUGAAUCACUGGGUGCUCCAGAUGGGCUUCCCUGUGGUUACCAUAGAUACUGCCACAGGAAAAGUGUCCCAGAAACACUUUCUUCUGGAUCCAGGGUCGACCGUCACAGCUGAAUCACCUUACAACUAUGAGUGGCUGAUUCCUGUUAGGUGGAUGAAGUCUGGUGAGGUCCAGAGAGAUAUCUGGUGGCUGAUGAAAAAGGAAGAUGUAAACUUGGAGAUGAAGAGUGAUGGUUUGUGGGUUCUGGCCAACAUCAAUGUAACUGGAUAUUACCGGGUCAACUAUGACCUUGAAAACUGGGAACGCCUCUUUGUUCAGCUUAAUACAGACCACCAGGUUAUACCCUUGAUAAACAGAGCCCAGCUUGUGGAUGAUGCUUUCAAUUUGGCCAGGGCUCAGUUAGUCUCUACCACUCUUGCUUUAAGGACAACCUCCUAUCUGUCCAUGGAGACUGAAUACAUGCCCUGGCAGUCUGCUCUGGAUAAUCUUCACUAUUAUUACCUUAUGCUGGACCGUACUGAAGUCUAUCAGCCUAUGCAGGACUACAUAAAGAAGCUGGUAACUCCGCUCUUCCUGUACUUCAAGAACAUGACAUCAGACUGGACCCAUGAUCCUGAAAGACAUACUGACCAGUAUAACCAGGUGAAUGCCAUCCAUAUGGCCUGCAGGACUGGAGUAAUAGAAUGCCAGAAUCUGACCAACACAUGGUUCAAAGAAUGGAUGGACAGCCCUCAACAUAAUAUGAUUCCUCCAAACCUGCGUUCCACAGUAUACUGCAGUGCCAUAGCUUCAGGCGAUGAAGCAGAGUGGGAGUUUGGCUGGUCACAGUUCAAGAAUGCUACUGUUCCCAGUGAGGCCAGCAAACUCAUGUCUGCGCUGGCCUGUACCUGCAACACACAACUGCUGGAGAGGUAUCUAUCUUACACCUUAAAUUCAACCAUGAUCCGUAAGCAGGAUGCCACUUCUGUCAUAACUUCCGUUGCCAGUAACAGAGUGGGACAGAGUUUGGCGUGGGACUUUGUCAGGGAACAGUGGGAAUACAUGUUCACACAAUAUGGUGUAGGCUCUUUUUCCUUUGCUUCUAUGAUCAGUGGAGUAACAGCAAGGUUCUCAACACCUGCUGAACUGCAAGAGCUGCAGGAGUUUAUGGAAGAGCACAGUGCAGCAGGGUUUGGCUCUGCCACACUUGCUGUGGAGCAGGCCUUGGAAAGGACCAGAGCUAACAUCAAAUGGCUGCAACAGAACAAGCAAGAGAUCUUUGACUGGUUCAGCAGUCAGACCGGACUCCAGAUUCGCUAACACAGAGGAGCUGGAAGCUGUGACUGUGAAGGUUUUCCAAUAAGUCCAUUAAGAAACUUGGAGCUGUACUAAUGAAAAGCAAUCAAAAUUCUUUCAAGAAUUAAGUAGGGAAAACAUUAAAAUGACACUAAGCACUCAUAUUUCUGAUUAUCAAAAGUUAUCAUAUGUGAGCUACAAUUCAAUACACCAUAAUUUCUUUAAAAACGAUAUGAUGCAAACAUGAUUUAUGAUGAUGGUUUAUUUAUAAUUAGUGGUUGCUGCGGAUGGUCUUGACUAAUUUCAACUCACGGUAUAUUUUGCAGUUCUUUUCUUUUCCACAGCAGUGGAAGAAUCAAUCUAGAGUUGGCACAUGAUGUGAUGAUGAUGAUGAUGAUGAUGAUGAGAUAUCUGGUCUGAUGCUUUUGUCCAAAUGACACCAAUCCUGCUGAAGCUGGACAAAAGUGAUACAUAAAUGUUUUUUUGUUUUUUUAUUUGGUUUUUUUUUCUCCCUCAAAGCAGAUGUGAUAAGAACUGAUUUCAGACUAGAGCCUUGACACGAACAUCCACAGAUAUGUACACAUCUUGAUCUGUCAGAUGGAGUGAUGGCUGGACUCGAUCAAUCCAAACAUCCGCUCUUUCAAGUGAAUAUUGUGCAGUGUUCACCUUUAUUUAUGAUUAGAUAUAUUGUGUUUUAGUGAUUUUUAUAUGUUUGACGUCAGGAUCAAUAUCAGAUUUUCAGCCCUUGAUUUGCUGUGUAAAUUGUUGUACAUUGUAUAUUUUAUCAGAAACAUUGUGCAUUGAUAAACUCAUUUUAUUUGUUUGAUUUGUCACAGCCACAAAUACACACAGAACUGAAAUCAAACAACAAAACAUUUUACAUGGAAGACAUAAUUCAAAAUACAAAAUAUUCAAACCGAUAACACAUUAUGGCUUUUAUCUCUGCUUUACAGCAAUGUCAGACAGAUUAAAAUGAAUAAAGACAUGAAUUAAUAAAAAUA